UGGAGACUAAUGCAAGGGAACGUGUUCUUCGCUGCUUGUUUGCAUUUUCUUGCAUUCGCUCUUAUUUGAGUGGAGGCAUGCGGAAGUGUCCUGGUUUGCAGGAUUAUUUGUUCAUUUUGUGUCUGUUCUUUUCUGGCUUGUUGGAUCUAUGGAGUAGCAUGCAUUAGAAGCACUAGUCAUUGACAAACGGCUUGUUGUCUUGAGCACGUAACUAAGCAACCUGGAAAAUUUUCAGCUGGAUGAAUAUUUAUAAGUUAUAGAGUGGAACAUACAUUUCUGUAGUCUGUCACGUGCAAACUUUUCUAGGGAAAUAUUCAUCCGUGGGGAAAAAAGACAACUUACAAACCAUUUAAGGAGCUGGUUGAUGACUAACACAGUCAAGAAUUGGCAUGUGUGAUGAGACUUAUGCCUAAACUUGGGGGGUGGGAAAUCCUGUUCCAAGGAUGCUGAAUGUGUGCUACAGCACCUCUUGUAUAACUGGAGAUGAAGCCGUGGAGAUGGAUCUAAAAAACAUCCACCCUGCUUGAGUGGAUUAAAGUGUAGCGGUGCAGUGAGGAUCUUUGAGCAAAUGAGCUCUUUAGCUAUAAAGAGCCAGGUUAAGCUUUCCGGGGUGUGCUUCAGUAAUUUGUAGAAAUUUGGCAGAGUUGUAAUGAAGAUAUCAAAUAAAUUAUCAUUUUCCAAUAUAAUAACAGUCCAAAGAGUGGGAUUUAGACUGCUACAGGAUUCUUCACUUUGUGAUGGCAGUAUUACACUGUCCAUUAAAGAUGUGCAGCACACUGUGGUGAUUUGAUACUUGAUAGAUCAUCUGCUGUGUGUAAACAACUGCAAACUCUCCCUCUGCCUAGAGAAGGGCGUUUUGUGCCUGAACGCUUGCAAAGAACAAUUUUUCCAACUAUUUAGUUGGUCUAAGAAAAGAUAUCGCAUUUACCCAAAGAAUCUUGCCUGCUGCGUUGACGCUUUCUCCAGUAAGAGGAAGGGGGUGAAGGAGUUGGCAGUUGAAAAGACAAGGCUCUGAAGUUUUCAGUUGACCAAAGAAAUGGUGAUGGAGAAGCCAAGUCCCCUGCUGGUCGGGCGGGAAUUUGUGAGGCAGUAUUAUACUCUACUGAACCAGGCACCGGACUACUUGCACAGGUUUUAUGGAAAGAAUUCUUCCUAUGUCCAUGGUGGCUUGGAUUCCAAUGGAAAGCCAGCUGAUGCGGUCUAUGGGCAGUCGGACAUCCACAAGAAGGUGCUGUCACUGAACUUCAAGGAUUGCCACACGAAGAUCCGUCAUGUGGAUGCCCAUGCAACUCUCAAUGAUGGUGUUGUGGUGCAGGUGAUGGGAGAGCUCUCCAAUAACAUGCAGCCAGUGCGCAGGUUCAUGCAGACAUUUGUGCUUGCGCCAGAGGGUUCUGUUGCAAAUAAGUUUUAUGUCCAUAACGACAUCUUCCGCUACCAGGAUGAGGUCUUUGGUGAUUCAGACACUGAGCCACCUGAGGAAUCUGAGGAGGAGGUGGAGGAACCUGAGGAAAGGCAGCAGACACCAGAAGCAGUUCCCGAUGACACUGGGGCUUACUAUGAGCAGGCUGUCAGCAAUGACUUGGAAGAACAGCUGGAAGAGCCAGUAGCAGAACCAGAGCCUGAGCCCGAGCCUGAGCCUGAACAGGAGCCUGAAGCAGAAGUUCAGGAAGAAAAGUCUGAGCCGGUACUGGAGGAAGCAGCUCCUGAAGAAACUGUGCAGAAGAGUCCUUCUCCAGUUCCUGCAGACCCAGCUCCUGCAGUGCAAGAGGACUCCAGGACAUUUUCAUGGGCAUCUGUAACUAGUAAGAACCUCCCUCCCAGCGGAGCUGUUGCAGUGUCAGGAAUACCACCUCAUGUUGUAAAAGUACCAGCGUCACAGCCUCGCCCUGAGUCCAAGCCUGAAUCUCAAACUCCACCACAGAGGCCUCAGAGGGAUCAGAGGGUGAGGGAGCAGCGAACAAGCAUCCCACCACAGAGAGGACCCAGACCAAUUCGUGAAGGUGAGCAAGGUGAUAUGGAAACUAGACGGAUUGUGAGGUACCCAGACAGUCACCAGCUUUUUGUUGGGAACCUUCCUCAUGAUGUGGAUAAAUCUGAAUUGAAGGAUUUCUUCCAAAAACUCGGCUCCUCUCUUGCAGGUUAUGGCAAUGUUGUAGAACUCCGAAUCAACAGCGGCGGAAAGCUCCCGAACUUUGGGUUUGUGGUGUUUGAUGACCCUGAACCAGUUCAGAAGAUUCUUAGCAACAGGCCUAUCAUGUUCAGGGGAGAGGUACGCCUGAAUGUGGAAGAGAAGAAAACACGAGCUGCCAGGGAGGGUGAUCGCAGAGAUAACAGACCCCGUGGACCCGGAGGCACUCGUGGGGGGCUGGGAGGUGGGAUUCGAGGGCCUCCACGUGGAGGGAUGUCUCAGAAACCAGGAUUUGGAGCUGGAAGGGGCAUCGGGCAACGCCAAUGAAUACAUCGUGGAUGAUGACACAAUGGCACAAACCUUUGUUCCUGCAGAUUUGUGAAUUUCAGCCUUGGGUAUCUUGGAAUGUGGCCCUAGCCUGUUAUAGACUGCUACGUUUGAUACUAUUUUGGCCCUUUUUUGUUUGUGUUAUGGUUUUUUGUGAUUUUUUUUUUUUCUAGUCCUUGUCCCAGAUUCCAGCUUUGUGGAACAAUAUUAGGAAAAGUGGAUUUUAAAAAAAAGAAGCAAGUUUCCUUGCUCAUUGCAAACUGAUGGACUGGAUUUCUUGUACCAGUGGUCUUUCCUAAUGGAUUGUUUUUUCCCUGUAUACUGAAAUUGAGUGCAUUUCAGUCGGUUGGAAUAAUCUUUCAUCUGCAUGUGUUGGAGAGCCUGUAGGAAAACCUAGCACUUGGCAAGCAUUUCAAGGGCAGGAAAACUAUUGUUUAUCCCCUGAGGGUCAUGUGAACAUCCUCUGGUCUGGAGAUGUUGCCACUUGACAAAUUGACAUUCACCCUUCUCUGUGGCGCUGUAAAAGUGGAAUAAAGGGCAUCCAUAGAGUCCUUUUUUUUUUUUUUUUUUUUUUUUCCUUUUUCUUUUGAUACAUGAUCACGAAAAGGAAUUCUAACUACUGUUUUACCACUUACAAAUUUUGGAUUGUGGGAUAGGUUUUAAAUGUCUAGAACUUGACUCUUAAAACACUUUUCCUGAACUUGUGAAAUUUUUUAUUGAAAUAGGGAGUUUUUUUCAUGUUUAGUUUGUAUUUGUAUAAAAAAAAAAGCAAAAUUGUUGUGCCUUCUAUUUAUCUCUCAUUCCAGUCUUGGCAAAUUGUUAAAAAAAAAAUAAAAUAAAAAAAGUCUA